UAACGUUGUUGGUUGGGGGGCAGUUACUUCUACUACCUACAAAACCCUACGCCGAACUCCGACAACACUGAACCGAGCACACGAGGCUCCUCACUGAAGCUCGCCGCCCAUGGCCGAGCCCACGGCGGAGCACGGCGAACUCCCUGCGCCGGACACGGCUGGGGACGCCCCCUCGUCGAACGCGAGCGGAGCCCAUCGAACGCCGGAAGAGCUCAUCGCCAAAGCCAUAGCUCCGGUGAAGGGCGAGUUCCUCCGGCCUCCUCCGGUCAGGCCCUACUCCUCCGGCCAGAGCAACGCCGCCCCGGAGGCCAGAGGGGGCGCUCCGCAGUCGGGGCUGGUCAAGGAGAAGAAGUCGAAACGCCAGCUGAAGCGCGAACGCCAGCAGGAAAAGAAAUCUGCUUUAAAUCUCUGUCCUGAGAUUGCAAAAACUGGUGACAUAAGUUCGUGUCGUUACCAAGAUAAGUGCCGCUUUAGCCAUGACCUGGAAGCAUUUAACACUCAGAAACCAACUGAUUUGGAGGGAGAGUGCCCUUUCUUGGGUGUUGAGGAGCCAUGCCCUUUUGGUUUAGCCUGUAGAUUUUUUGGUACACACAAAGAUGCUGCUUCUGCCUCUACUCCGAGUUCCCACAAGCAAAGUUUCGAAAUGAAUACGCUGAAAAAAGAUGUACAGAAACUACUGUGGAAGAACAAAAUGCGACUCCCUAAGUCUGAAGCCCGUCUUAAAACUCUUGGCCUUCUGGUUCACAAUAAGUCAGUGAAGAAGAUUUUGGAAGAAGUGGAAAGUAAACAACCUGCUUCAAAGGACUGUAGUGUUGCUAAUGGAAAUGGCUGUAAAGAUGCGGUUCCUAGCAAAAUGACUAGUAACUUGGACCAUCCACGGGAAGUUGCCGAAGAGGAUAGUGCCGUCGCCAUCAAUGAUACAGUUGCUGAUGAACUCCGACCCCCCAAAAAGCAGAAAAAUGUUCUUGAAGAGGAGAACUCCACUAGCGAAACCGAGAAUGGAACCCAUAUCCUGCAGAUUGCCUCUAAAGAAAGCUACACGAUAACUGAACAAGAAGCCUCAACUGAUAAUAUGAUGACAGAGAAUGAUAGAAGUCUUAAAUUGCACCCACGUGAGAAAAAGCUCAUUGAUUUGAGGGAUAAGCUGUACCUUGCCCCUCUGACCACUGUUGGAAAUCUACCUUUCCGAAGGGUUUGCAAAUCCUUGGGAGCUGAUGUAACAUGUGGUGAAAUGGCUAUGGGUACAAAUCUAUUGCAGGGUCAAGCUUCGGAGUGGGCUUUGCUGAGGCGACAUUCAUCUGAGGAUAUAUUUGGUGUACAGAUAUGUGGGGCAUAUCCAGACACUGUAACACGGACUGUUGAACUAAUAGAUCAAGAGUGUACGGUAGAUUUCAUUGACAUUAACAUGGGCUGCCCGAUAGAUCUAGUUGUUAACAAGGGUGCUGGAUCAGCUCUUCUUACUAAGCCAAUGCGGAUGAAAGCCAUCAUAGAAGCAGCUUCUGGCACAGUAGACACACCCAUCACUGUCAAGGUGAGGACAGCUUAUUUUGAAGGGAAAAAUCGCAUUGACUCACUGAUUGCGGAUAUUGGUUACUGGGGCUCAAGUGCAGUUACCAUUCAUGGCCGAUCACGUCAGCAGCGUUAUAGUAAGCUUGCUGAUUGGGACUACAUAUAUCAGUGUGCUGCAAGAGCCCCUGAUUCUCUGCAAGUCCUGGGGAACGGGGACAUCUUUUCUUAUGUUGACUGGAACAAGCACAAGUCUGACUGCCCCAGCCUUUCUACGUGCAUGAUUGCUCGAGGGGCAUUACUUAAGCCUUGGUUAUUCACUGAAAUCAAGGAACAGAGACACUGGGAUAUUACUUCUGGGGAGCGGAUGAACAUUUUGAAGGAUUAUGUUCGCUUUGGACUUGAGCAUUGGGGUUCCGACAGAAAAGGAGUGGAGACAACUAGACAUUUCUUGUUGGAAUGGCUGAGCUACACGUAUAGAUAUGUACCAGUUGGGCUUUUGGAAGUCGUCCCUCAGCAACUGAAUUGGCGUCCGCCCUCCUACUAUGGUCGGGAUGACCUGGAGACACUAAUGGCAUCUGAUUCUGCAGCUGACUGGGUUCGGAUCUCAGAAAUGCUUCUUGGUAAAGUUCCAGAUGGCUUCACUUUUGCGCCAAAGCAUAAAUCAAAUGCUUAUGACAGAGCAGAGAAUGGCUAAUUAUGAAGAGUUUUGCAUGAUAUGACACCAUUCUUUUGGUGUAGUGAUUUUGGUCCCGCGAUGUCUUCGUGUGGCAAUUAUACUGAUAUAUGCCUUGAGGCUGUGAAUCUUGUCUUAGGACGAGCCUCCGGAAAUUACCCAUGCAGCGUCUGGAAAUGGCUAUAAACAGGACGGCUAGGUCGCUGCGCGGGCAUUGUCAAAGCAAUGUAUUACUUCAACAACCGUGAGAUCAUAAUUUAUCCAUCUCGACAUGUCUGCUUUUACCUUGUAUUCAAUAAAGCAUAAAAAAUUUUAGAAUUUGGACAA